AAAUUUAAAAUUCAAAACUUUCAUACCAACUUUUCUUAUCAAUUUUCAAUGUGACCAAUAAGGUGGUUAUACAUAUUUACUUAUUGCCACAUAUCUAAAUAUAUAGCUACUGAAAAAAAAAUUCUUCACCUUUAAUAAGACAAUGGGACGCCACACUGGAACAGUUUACCGCGUAAUUCAAGACUAUGAACAUUUUCGCAGUAGUUUUCCUCCUUGCGGCAGUAGCAGCAGUAGGACAUUCAAUUCCUGGUAAAGAGAAAACUCCCCUGAAGACGCCAGAAUAUUCUUUGGUUCCUGGAACUAAUAAGACUUUAGAGCUCUUGGAUAUUAGUCCAGGUCCAGGACCUAAAAAAUCUAGAAAAUUUCGAGUAGAACAAGAUGUGGUGUUUCAACUAUUUACUUCUAAAGAAGAAAAUCGUGCAGUUAAACUAAAUGAUGUAAACUCCCUGAAGCAGUCAAGCUUUGUCGCUAAGAAUCCAACACGUUUUGUUAUUCAUGGUUGGUCUAGUAGUGGAUCAGCAGAUGUUUGUGUGAAUAUUCGGAAAGCAUAUCUCAAGAAGGGAAAUUUCAAUGUUUUUGUGGUUGACUGGAAGGAGGGUGCCAAUGCAGGGUAUAUAACAUCCAGAAAUCGUGUAGGAUCAGUUGGGGAAAUCGUUGCGCGCUUCAUCACCUUCCUGAAUGAACAAACAGGCAUGACGCUGAGCAGUGUAACGAUUGUUGGACAUAGUCUUGGGGCUCAUGUAGCUGGAUUUGCGGGGAAAAAAUUAGGAGGCUCCGGUAGGAUUGGAGCAAUUGUAGGACUCGAUCCUGCACUUCCACUCUUCCCAUCUGAGGAUCCAAAAGAGCGACUUGAUGCCUCAGACGCAAUCUACGUAGAGGUUAUUCACACAAAUUCUGGGGGUUUAGGUCAAUAUCGACCAAUUGGUCAUACGGAUUUUUAUCCUAAUUAUGGAAUGAAACAGCCUGGAUGUAGUACUAGUAGUUGUGCUCAUAGUAGGGCCCAUGAAUUCUUUGCUGAAUCCAUUACGGCAAACUUCUGUGCCAAGCAGUGUAAUCAUUUCAGUAAUAUUUUGGAGAAAAACUGCGUUGAAACUGGAGUGAAGACAAAUAUGGGUGGAGAACCAGUGGCUAAGAAAGUUCGGGGAGUUUUUUGGUUGACUACAAACAGCAAGAGUCCUUUUGCUCAGGAUUGCCGAAAGUAAUCUUUAAUGAGAUUGUUGGAACUUCUUAUGUACUGAGGUUCAAUUUAAUAAAUUCGGAUAACUUCAAA